AAAUAGCUCGGCACUAUAGCCAAUCCAUAUUUUUGUAUAUUAAUAUUAACUUGGCACAAUCUAAAUGUAAAUGCAACAUACAAGAACUAGAACUACUUUAAGCAUAUUUUUAUUUAGUGUAUUAACAAAAUUUUAUUCCACAACAAAAUAAAGCUGAGGGGUGGACUCAUAUACGCUGCUAAUUUUGAUGAGGAUAUUAAUCUUGUAUCUGUCCAACUUUCCCACGGCAAAUCUUCUUAGCAUCCUUGAGAAUUGGAUCCAAGAAACUUCACUCAGCAGACGUAGCGAAAAUACUUCUACAUACUGUGAUAAGGAUGCAGAUGCAAAUGAAUUAUCAAAAGGAUUGAUAAAAUCAGCCAAACGCACAGGACAGUUGAGUCUUUGUAACAGAGGUUUGGGUACAGUACCUGACAAUGUUUGGAAAAUUGACGAAUUGGUGUUGGAAGAAUCAAAAGAAGUAGAUUUUGCAAGAUCAGACAACAAUAGCUGGUGGACUGACGUACCAUUGAAAACUCUCGACCUCAGUUCUAAUGUAAUAAAAACAAUUUCGCCAGACGUUAAACUACUGCAACAACUUGUUACUCUCAAGCUUCAUGAUAAUGCACUGACAAAAUUGCCAGCAGAAUUUGGUGAAUUGAAAAACUUAGCUAACCUAAGUUUGGACCGUAACAAAAUUGCAGAAUUGGCAAAAGAAUUUUAUACAUUAACUGAACUAAGAUGGCUCAGUAUGUCACACAAUGAACUGAAGAAAAUUGAACCUGAAUUUGGUGACCUUGUGAUGUUAACAUUUUUGGAUAUUUCACAUAAUAAGUUAACAGAGCUCCCACCCGGCAUGGGGUAUUUAGUGCGAUUGGUGGAUCUAAAUUUAUCCCAUAAUGAACUGACCGAGUUACCCCCUGAUAUUGUUAAUUUAAGAGAAUUACGAAAAAUGAAUAUCAGUCAUAAUAAUUUGAAGAAACUGCCAACAAUGGGUGAGCUAAGAAAAAUGGAAAUUUUGGAUGCAAAUCACAAUGAUAUCGAAAAAUUACCUGAUUUUUAUGGUUGUACCGCUUUGAAAGAAAUUUAUAUCGCUAAUAACUUUAUUAAGGAGAUAACGGAAGAAUUCUGUGAUCAGAUGCAACAUUUAAAUGUUUUAAAUAUAAGAGACAAUAAAAUUGAAUUGUUGCCAGAAAACAUAUCAUUGCUACAAAGACUGAAGAGGCUUGAUCUUACCAAUAAUAAUUUAAACAAGUUACCAAGAAAUCUAGGUCUGCUAUCCCAGUUACAAAGUAUAAGUAUGGAUGGGAACAAACUAUCGUUCGUCAGACAGGAUAUAAUCCGAGGGGGGACUGAUAGAAUGAUGAAAUAUUUACGAGAUCGCAUCGCGGAAGAGGUUGAUAGUGAUUCUAAAAUAUUACACAACGAAUGGCCGGACAAAUUUACAUUGAAGAAAAGCCAAGCUUUAAUGUUGCCGGGCAAAGAUUUGACGUCAGUACCCGAGGACGUAUUCAUUACGGCCGCCAAUGUUGAAGUGCAUAUUGUAGACAUAUCAAAAAAUAAACUGAAAGAGGUGCCAUUAGGAAUAUGUCAAAUAAAGGAUACAUUGUCACAAUUGAUAUUAUCGUCAAAUAACAUCGAAAUAAUUCCAAGAGAAAUAAGUAGUUGUACACAUUUGCAAUAUCUGGAUUUGGGCAAAAACUGUUUAAUGGAUUUGCCCUUGGAAUUUGGCAAUCUAAAGCAUUUGAGGGAAUUAGUGAUUUCAUGCAACAAAUUUACGAAGAUACCACGAUGUGUAUACGAUAUGGACAAUUUGGAAAUAUUACUUGCUGGAGAGAAUAAAAUCACUGAAAUCAAUGUGUCCUCCGACGCGUUGGCCAAAUUGAAGAAACUAGCAGUUUUAGAUUUAACCAACAACAGUAUUAUAACAGUGCCACCUGAACUUGGAAACUUUACUAACUUGAGGGCUCUCGAGUUAAUGGGCAAUUGUUUCCGACAACCGCGCCACGCCAUUUUGGCAAAAGGGACGGCGAGCUUGUUGUCCUAUCUUAGGGAUCGUAUUCCCAACAAAUAAA